AUGUUAGAAUCAAUUCGUAUCAAGAAAGUAGAAGUGGUAAGGAAUUUCGCCAUCAUCGCAAUGAUGGUGUUGGCGCGAUUCAUAGCGGCUUCAAGUCGCACUUGCGUUCAUUCUGUACCACCAAAGAGGGCUUGCACAGAAUAUACGGCCAGGGCAUUUCUUCACCGCGUGGGAAUAACAAAGCCUGCUGUGAGCGUACAGUGUACAAAAAGGAACACAUCAACAACUCCUUUGGAACACUGGACUGAUAUAAGUAUUUCAGAGCUAAAGGCCAUGCUGUCAUCAAAUAACAUUCAACUAUUUGACGUCCGGGAACCUUACGAACUGGUUGAAAUGGGAAAGAUCGCUUGUGCUACAAACAUACCAUGUAUGUAGGAUUUGGCAAGAUUUCCGCUCAACUCCAUAUAUUAAUUAUGCAUACACCUAGCCUUUGGGAUUUCCGCCAUUGUUUUGAAGAUUUUUAAUUCUUUUUUUGUCAGGUGUUGUUUCAAACGCCUCAAAUUUCGCGAGAAAAGGGUGACCACAAAUAGAGCUACGCCUCUACUACAAAUAUUGCAUUAUGUGUGUGAGAUCAGUGAAGAUGUCUGAAGGAAACUUAAUGUGUAAUCCAAGAUUAGCCUGGGAUCAGGCUCAGCAGGGGAGGAAAAAGGCAAAAAUGGGGUUAAAUAGGAAAAAUAUGGGCGAGCAAAUUAAAGAGAGUCUAGUGGUGGCCUGGGGAGGGGAAAGGGUGCAGGAGCCUGGAGACAUGCCUUUGAUGCCACCAUUCCAUGAUACUAGAUUCUGGUAUGAUGCUCUGAUUGGUCAAAUGUCUUCACGUUGACAGAUGCGCAGUGCUGUUGACAGUAUCGCACUCAUUCAAUAUCACACUCCUAGUGAGAAAAGUUUUUUUAAAACCCAGAUUUUGAGCAACCAAUAGUAAUUUUUUGUGAGAAUUUUCACUUAUACCUCAGCUCCAAGAGUCUUUAUUUCUCAUUGCCAAAGCUGGUGUUACUCCAGUUGCUGAUCGGAGCUAAGUAGAUCUGUUUGCAUGCACUCUUACUUCAUCUUGAAUUCGAAUAAUAAGCUCACACUGACAUCGGUGAUGAGAACUUGACGUGUUGACAUUUCAAUGACAAGUUAACUGCUGGAGGGUGGAUCAACGGCAUCAAAGGCAUGUCUCCAGGCUCCUCCACCCUUUCCCUUCCCUCAGACUACCUCUUGCAGCUCACUUCGCUCACCAAUUAUUUUUUUCACCUGCCAGGUUUUUUUCUCCUUUUGCCCCAAUGCCGAGCCUGGUCCCGGGCUAUUCGAGAUGAACAACAUAAAAUAAGGUCACAUCUCACUGGUUAUGUGUAUGCUUGGGUGGAUUGAAUUUCUUUCUUAAUUCAAGAUUUCCCUCAGCAGUCAAAGCUGUGUUUAUAUAUUUUGCAGUUUAAUUUCAGCAUUAAAAAAGUAAUCUUUAAUUUGUUUAUGUUUUCAGUAAGAAAAGUUCCAGAGGCCUUUACAAUGGAUCCUGAUGAGUUUGAGGAGCAGUACAAUGUAAAAAUGCCAAAAAAGAAUGACAUUAAUAUUGUGUUUCACUGCCUGGCUGGAGUGCGAAGUAGAGCAGCGAUGGAAGCAGUACAUCAAAUUGGUUACACUAAGUAAGAAAUCUUAAUGACAUGUGUUAAUCAGUGAAAGCUAAUAAUUGCUGGUGGUCUAUCACCACCUAGAAGACCUCUUAUGUUUUAUAAGAUAUUAGCCCCAACCACAGACAAAACUAAAACCCUGGUUAAGUUCGUCUGCGAAACAGCACCAAAAUCCUUGUCCUUUCUGGGCCCCCAUCUGUGUACCAGGAUUUAAGUAUGUACCAUGAUUGGCCGGUUACAAAUGCCAUUGUCAAUUUGCCAGUCAGGUUUGAAGGGAAAUUAAAAAAACGCAUUCGUGGUAAUUUGUUGAAUCCACUUGGGGCCCAGAACAAGGAUAUCAAGCAUUGCUUCGUGGACGUUACUAACUGAUAUUAGAUUACAUCUGCAAGGCAGGCCAAUAAGAUAUGUGAAAGACGGAAAACAUGUCAUUAUGCUCCAUCCUUCAUGUAAGGAAUAAUAUUGUUUUAACAGAAAAAAUAUUGUUGUUAGAGUGGUUUUCACUUGACUGUCGAAAGGGAUUGGUUUUGGUUUUGGUUUUACUACUCCCUUUGGUUGGCUAGUGUAUUUACUUUGGUUUUGGUUUUACGACAGUCAAGUGAAAACCGCUCUAACAGCAUUGUACUUGACACCUAGAAUGCUGGAAAUUGAAUUUCCAGGUCUCAAGAUGUCUUGAAGUUUUAGUAUGACACUUGGAGAGGUGAAAGGGUAAAAAAUUCAGGUAAUUUUGAUGUUAACAUAUUAUCUCUUAAUUCUUCUUUUAGAGCAAGACAUUAUCCAGGAGGUUUUGAAGAAUGGGCAAAACUUCACAACUCAGAGAGAUCUAAAGCUUAAAAGGAUCUAGGACUUCAUUUUACGGUCAAGAUUAAGUUAUUUUUAUCCUAAUUGACUCAGUUGUUCACAAAUUUGCAGGAUUGUAUAUGUAAUAGGCCUUUUUCAGGCUACCCCAAGGCUAUGUUUUAAAGCGAGAAAGGUUUUUCUCGUAACCUGGGUUUGAAAGUAAGAGAUUCUGGAGCUCAGAAUGACUGUCUUAUUACCAGGAAAUAGUCAGCAUUGAAAGCAAACCCUUAGCACUUAGGUAUUGGUGUAUCAUGUUGUGAAACAUUCAACCUGGUUCUCUGUUAAUCAGAAAUUUUAAAAAAUAUAGACUGAGUUUAGUACUUAUUUGAAUUUGUUUGUUUUUACUAUUUUCUGACGCAAUUUGCAAAAUUAAAUGUGAAAACUACUUUCACAUAAAAUAUUCCUCCAACUGGGUAUAUAAUUUCUACCGAUUAUUGUUCUAAUUACGCAGCGCGGUUAAAGCGUUUCCUGUGAAUUCCUCUACGUGUCCAAAAGUAUUGUUAAUUGUCAACCGGUUAGGUUAACUUACCCAUUGCAAAAGCUCAUGAUAUCAAACGUGUUAGUGCUCGAAAGGACAAUUUAGUCCUCCCUCUCAAAACGUGUCAUAGAAAAUUAAUAAUAUUCUUGUGGGUUACAGUUUUUACCGUUUGCGUUUCAAAGCACCAAUGUGGGAGGAAAGUUGCCUUUUAGCCGAAUUGCUGAAAUACAGUUAAAGACAUCUUGUACAACUUUGCGUUGGCACAAUGCGAUAAAGAAAGUUUAUCGGAAAUACAAGAAACGUUUAUCUGUUAUAAGUCUUUAUCCCAAUUCUCAGUGGCGUUUUCCCGUUUCCCUCGUCAAUUUACGAGUCAGCUGUAAAGGAAGUAAGCCUUCGACCUUUUGUAUGUAGUAAAUAAUAGUGAACGGAGGCUUUCUUUGACAAAGACAACUCACAGAUCGAUCAAUAUGCCUAUUCAUGAUCUCUCAACCAAGUUUCUCAUAUUGUCUUUCGCUUCUUUCUUCUCCUUUUCACCCCAGAAACGCCUGCUACUCACAUUCAUAUUCUCAUGCAGGGACAACGAAUGUCUUCCAAAAUUCACCCCACUUAAUUUUCCUUCGCAGCUUGGAGAUUUUACAGUGAGUUACUUCCGCAUAUUGAAAUAUCUCAGCCAUAAAGAGAUUUGACCCGGGAUAUUUUUUAUUUCUGUCCAUUUCUGGGAACUCCAGUGUUAGAAAGGGUUGGGGUUUUUUGAUCCGUUCUCUGCAGGAAACCUUAUAGAGACUUCCACUCGUAAGGUUAGUAAACUAAAUCUUGAAUGAUAAAUGCAACUGCAGCGGGGGUUGCGCUUUUUUCUGUUUAAUUUUCACGAUCACAAUAUUGCUUUUUCAGAAAAAAUAAUCUGCAGUAUUUUCUUGAGCUUUUUAUAACGGAAAAUUUGACGAAUCAGGCAUUAUUGUUUUCAAACUUUCAAAGAAUGUUUUUGAAAUUUCUUUUCCAAAAAUAGCAACUUUCGUUCUUUGUCACUUUCUGUUAUGUGCUACUGAGCUAAGAACAGUCUGGCAAUGUAAAAGACACAAUUACUCGAGAGCAGAGGUUUUUGAACUACACCCAACAAAAAUUUAAACAACUUGGGGCGUGCAUGUAAUUUGUACUAAAUUAAUUUCCUCUAAAAAAUAAAGUCAAGGUAAAUUGAUAAGUAUUUCCGUGGGAGAUUUGAGGAAGUGAUACUUUAUAACUGACUGUUGCUCAAUUCUGUAGACCACAGGAAGUUGUUAGCCUCAGCAUCAGUCAUGGACAAUCUCCCGAAAUGAGAAAAAAGAGCGAAAGAAAGACAACUAGAAAAAUAAAGAUUACAAAGUUUCGUAACGAUCUCAGAACUGAUCAUUAGAUAAAACUAUUGCGUCAUUUUUAUGCGAGUUUUUCUUAAAUCAACAGGAAAUCUGUAUUUGCGAGUGCACUUCACCGGUCCUGAAGCGGUGCAAAACGUGCAGCUACUCACCGGCAUUUCUAAUUUGUGCGUGAUUUCUCACGUUCCAGAAUUGCGUUACUUUCGGUCACACUCCGAAGCCUACAAUAAAGGUGAACUUUUUACGUUGAAGAAAGAGGUAAUUGGGUAGCUUUAAGUAUAAAUGGGUCUGAUUAGGGGAAAUAAAAAGUUCAAGGCACAAAUGUUUAAAAUCGUGCAUUUUAACAUUUCUUUUCUUGAAACACCUUGACCAAACAACCAAUUUAGUUCGUGACGUCACAAGAGCGUCACAUCCAUGUCAUUUCAAUCUCGAAAUGUCCACAGCUGUACAUAAAUACGGUCAGCACCGUCCGAUCAGUAUUCUACUGACUCAUUUGGAGAAAAGCACAGGAGAAAGAUAAACGACCGAGAAACAUUUUAAAAUAGUCAUGGCCCUUCGAGCGGUUGGAAAAUUAUUGUCACAAAGCACUGUACCACGUUUGGCUGUUGUCAGAACGCUUUCUGCAAAUGCCGGUCCAAGAAAACGAAUAUGGAAUUGUUCUAAAGAAACCGAAGGAGAAGUAAGAUUGGACUGUCUCAAAGAUAUGUUAGUGGAUGGUGACAUUCAACUGUUUGAUGUCCGAGAACCGCACGAACUCGCUUCUUCUGGACGAAUACCAAAAUCUACCAACAUACCUUGUAAGUUUCAAGCGAGAUAACUCUUUUUCUGUUUUGUUGAAUAGGUUGCUGGUCAUUUCGCCCUGGUUUCUUUAGUAGCCGCCUCUUUUCGGGUCAUUUAGCGCGAUUCAGAUGCAAUAUUCCUCGUUUUAUAAGCCCUUUAAACAUAUAUUUUUUUAGACUGACGCGAUAGGAUCGUCCAUGGUAACAAACCCGAAACAAAUUAAUAUACCCCGAAAUUACCAAAAUUUUCAUCUGAAAAUAUACCAGAAAAUGAAAGAAGCUUGGGAAACCAUCUACUUGAAAAUAUAAGUAUAAAAGUAUCUGAUGGAUACUGUAUUCGUAAUUUAAAAAGACCCCCGUUUCGGUCGACUCAGAUAAGAGGCUGUUUCGAAGUGUUUAUGUAUUGAGAAUUUUAACCCAAAGUUUGUUUUUUGCAAGGCUGACUGAUUUGGUAUAAUCGAUUCCGUUAACGACUGCGCACGUUCUAGUCUCCCUCGCAGCCGUUUUUGUCUCGUUACGUAAGCGUUACGUGACGAGACAAAAAACGGCUGCGAGGCCAAGGUUCGGAAGCACGUGCUUCAGUGACAUGUGUAACUCAAAAGCGUGAGCAAUUUGACGAUUCAGUUUGAUAUUGAGGCCUCAAAAAACACAAACAAUUUUAAAUAUUAUUAUUUAUUUCCAUCGUUCAGGAUCUAGACCUCGCUAUAGAGAUGAAAUUUUGCCGUAAAAAUUUCAAACACAAUAAACCAAUUUUUUGUUUUUACUCUCAUUUCAGUGAGUGAAAUUCACACAGCAUUUCUGCUGAGCCCAGAAGAAUUCAAAGCAAAGUAUGGAAUUCCAAAGCCCAAAGUCACAGAUGACAAUCUUAUAUUUCAUUGUCAAUCAGGACGAAGAGCUAAGAAAGCUGUAGAAGAAGUUCAACACCUUGGCUAUGAAAGGUAUGUUAUUUUUGGAAUAAAUAAUUGUUGUUAACAACAUCAACUCCAAGGCAAAUUUAAAUCCUGUUAUCAAAUGAAUAUUUAGGUAAAAUAUUACAGUGCUAAUGUUAGAUUAAUCAUUGAUCUGCUCCCUAUACUGUACUGGCAGAUAAGAUGUUGUAGAACUGUACAUCAUAAUAAACAGAGGCUUAUGCAGCUCUCGAUCAUUAACCAUUUAUUUUAUUGAUUUUUUUUAAAGGGCCAAUAAUUUUAUUGGAGGCUGGUCAGAGUGGGAGUUUUACAUCAAGAGGAAACCAAGAAAUGCACCUCGUAAAAUCGCAACAGAGCAUUAAAGAUGUUUUGUAGAAAAAGAACUGCCAACAAAACAAAAGGUCAAUCAGAGCUUCUUUAAGAUAGGAAUUGAUAUCUUCAACAGAACAACCAGAGUAGAACAGAUAGAACUGCAAGACAGUCUUGAUUUAACAGUAGAAAAAUUAUGCUACUUUUUUUUACAGGGAUAUUAUAAGAGUGUGGAAAAAAUAUGAGCUUACAUUAAGGGAGCAAGGAAAAAAUAUGAGCGUGUAUUAAACUAGUGAUAUUGCCUUUUAUAACAGAGGUGACACAUCACACAAGUGGCAAGUUUCAUAUACCUCUGCAUUUAUGGCUCACUCUUCUAUCCCUGAGAAAAACAAGGAACUGCUUAACAUUAUUAAUUUAAUUAAUUAAUUAAGUUAUUUAUUUAUUCUAUGCUCAAUUUACAAACUUUUUGAUAAAUACAGCCAUUUCUGUACAGCUACAAAACAAGCAAAACAAACACAUUGUCAUUGAAGUGGUUUUACAAGGCCUAAAAUGUAAAAACAACUACACUCGACUCUCGGUAACUCGAAACCUCUAUAACUCGAACCUCCCGCUAACUCGAAGCAGUUUUCAAUUCCCUUCAGAUCAUUUUCUAUAUAAUUUUACCCUCAAUAACUCGAACUCACGAUAACUUGAACUUUUUACCAUUUCCCUUGAAGGUUCGAAUUAUCAGGAGUCGAAGGUAUAACAACAAUAACAGACAUUUUAUCUACAGAUAAAUAAAUGGGUAGACUUUUUUAUUAGUCUGAAAGGAUGUGUUUUAAUUUCUAUAAAUAUUUUUAUCGCUAGUAAUGGUAAGCUAGACAAAUUUAGCUAGAAUAGAAAUGAUAAAUGUGCUAUUUUAAUUUAGUUGCAUGUAUUAGCCAGUAAUUUACCUAAUAUAGGUGGUAUAUAAUGGUAAUUGAACUGAGUGGAGUGCAAUUUGGUCUGAAAAAGAUGUUCUACGUAUUAUAGUUUAUUUAAAAAAUAUUGUCUCCAUGUGCAUAUUUCAAGUUCCAUGAUUUAUUCAAGGUCAUAUGCCAUUUUAUGGCAAAAGGAUAUAUGUAAUAUAUAAUAUAGCUUUUGAUACACACUAGUAUUUAUCAUAAUAAAAGAACUGGCAUUUUAUUAAAGGAUCAUUCACUACUGGUAUAUCAUUUUUGAAGUUAUUAUUAUUGCCUUGACAUUUACAUGAAGCAGUAUAUUAGAUUACUGAGAUCCUAAGUGAUGUUUGAUGUUAUGUCAAAUUCUCCCUUUGUUUUGUUAUUAAACAAAGGGUAAUUUAAGGAGAGAAGUUAUCAAUUCACUUAUGUCCUUUUGUUCCAUGCACCCCUUGUACUUUGCUUAUGGUUUGUGGCUUUUCAAAUUUUGGAUUUCCCCAAAAUACUUCAGAACAAAGUUCACUAGAGUAAUUAUUGCAAAUCCACUAGCCCCUAGUUAUCAGACACUACUUGACUUUCUUUGCACACUACUAUACUAAACCAACACCAUUUCCUCCAAAAGGUUUGUUUGUAAGUAACACUACUCUUGGCUUCUUAGUGCAGCGAGGCUGGGCUACCUGUGACUUAUGAUUAUGACUGUUAUAACAAAAAUUGGGCAGCCAAAAGAUUCCUAACUCCCAAGCUAGAGCACAUUUUUUUUAUAAAAAAAACUUGAAAUAAUGUUGAAUAUGACAUUAAAAAUUUACCGGACAGUUCACUUUUAACAGACUACUCAUUAGAUCAGAUAGUAAAAUAUUGUUUGCCAUAAAAUAUUCAUUGCUCUCAAAAGGUUUGGUGGUCAGUGGGGGAUAAAAUAAACAACCCCUUAUGCGCAGGUGUCACAAGUAAACUUCGGCAAUAUGUGGCAAGAUCUUUUCCCUCCAAACCUCUUCCUUUUUUAUAAGCAAGGAUAUUUUAAAUGAAUGCAACACGACGGCUACUGAGAGACAUUAAAAUUAAGUAAGUUAAGCUUAAUACGUCGGUCAACAAGUCCCAGAUUUAACCUUCCAUCCGGUCGGAUUUUAGCAGCGCUCUUUUUUGACUUCCAUUUUCUUUUGCUUUGUCCUUGUCUUUCCGCAGAAAGAAAGAUAGCAACCGAAAGCAAAGAUUCAAGGAAAUCAAAGCACUCUCGUGUUCCUGAAACUGAAAUCUGACCCGUCCCUGCCAGACUCAACU